AUGACAACAGCCCAGGAACUGCAGACACGACUUCGGGAGACGGAGUCCGUGGACGGGAACAUUUCAGACGCAGUGUCGAGUCAAGAGCGAAGGAGGAAAAGACCACGUCAUGAUGAUACUCGGCCGCUAGCUGUCAACGCUACGAAGCGAAAGUUGGAACGUACGGACUACACUGUGGGCUGGAUCUGCGCCAUAGGCACGGAGCAUGUUGCCGCGCAGGCAUUUCUCGACGAAGAGCACGAAGACCCAGAAGAUGUACCCGGCAAUGACGAUAACGAUUAUUCCUUGGGCAGAGUUGGGAAACAUAACGUUGUCAUUGUUGUCCUACCAGUCGGAGAGUACGGUAUAGCCGCUGCAGCAAGCGUCGCCAAAGAUCUCUCACACAGCUUCCCUAACAUCAGGACCGGUCUGAUGGUCGGCGUUGGUGGCGGUGCGCCAAGCCGAAAGCAUGACAUACGUCUCGGCGACAUUGUGGUCAGCGCUCCUGGUGAUGGAAAUGGUGGUGUGUUCCAGUACGACUUUGGCAAGACGAUACAUGGUGGAACCUUCCACACAACGGGCUUUCUCAACCAGCCGCCAGCUUUUCUACGGACUGCGGUGAACGGACUCAAGACGCAGUAUGAGAGGAAAGGCCAUCAGCUUGAACAGGCAAUCAGCAUUGUUCUUGAGAGAAGCCCAAGACUGCAGCAGAGGUAUGAACGGCCGCCCUCUAGUACUGACAGGCUCUAUCAAGCUGAAGUCGUGCAUCCUCCAAACAAUGAAACAAGCUGCGCGACGUGCUGCGGUAUUGAUCCAUUAAAGCUAGUAUUGCGACGUGAACGGACUAAACACGACGACAACCCAACUGUUCAUUACGGCUUAAUUGCCUCGGCGAACCAGGUGAUGAAGGACGCCUUAAUCCGGGAUAUCCUCAUAGCAGAGAGGGAUGUUCUGUGUUUUGAAAUGGAAUCAGCUGGGUUGAUGAACCAAUUUCCUUGUCUCGUAAUUCGUGGCAUAUGCGACUACUCAGAUUCACACAAAAACAAGGAGUGGCAGGGGUAUGCAGCAAUGGCGGCGGCUGCCUAUGCGAAGGAUCUUUUAUGCAGAAUCCCGCCAAACAGCAUUAAAGCCGAGAAGAGAAUUGGCGAUAUUCUGAGAGGCCUCCAAGAACUUGAAGAAGCGCACCUGGGCAUCUCGCAGAAGCAGCUUGAGAUCCAGGAAGCCGCAGUCAAGCAGAAACAGUCCGCUGAGCGGGAACAAUGUCUUCAAUUGUUCCGUCUGACGGACACCAACGAGGACACCACGUACGAGUGGUACAAGGAUCGCGUGGAAGACCGAGUGGAAGGUACCUGCCAGUGGUUCCUCCAGCAUCACAAUUUCCAGGAGUGGCUAAAGCAGGAUUCUGGUCCACUCCUAGUCUCCGCGGAUCCUGGCUGUGGAAAGUCGGUAUUGGCUAAAUACUUGGUCGAUCAAAGCCUACCGCGAUCGUCAACCAUCUGUUACUUCUUCUUCAAAGAACAAGACCAGAACAAGGUCCGCCAGGCACUCUGCGCCCUGCUUCACCAGCUCUUCUCUCAAAAGCCGUCCCUGAUUGACCAUGCCGUGCCACAAUUCCGCAAGGACGGGCAAGGGCUGAUCAACUCUACUCAAUCUCUCUGGACUAUCCUUGGAAAUGCCGUAAAAGAUCCCCAAACUGGGCCAGUAAUCUUGGUCCUAGAUGCCCUGGACGAAUGUGCCGCGCCAGAUUUUGAGAAUCUGAUGCGCAAUGUGAAGAGCCAAUUUAGCAGCGACCAGAGCCAUGGCAAGCUGAAGUAUCUUCUAACAAGUCGGCCAUAUGAGAAGAUAUUGUCACAAUUCCGCGACCGCGACCUGUUGUGGGAUUUUCCAAAUAUUCGUAUACCAGGAGAAGAGGAGUCGGAAGCCAUCAGCAAAGAGGUCAAUCACGUCAUCACACACCGGGUCAAUCAGCUGUCUGACAAGAAGCGCCUCUCAGAUGAUAUCAGGAGCCAUCUGAGGAAAAGACUACAGGAGACUACCCACCGCACUUAUCUUUGGGUAUACCUUAUGUUCAACUACUUGGAGAAUGAAAACUUUAAAAAGACUCGGAAGGGUGUCGAGUUCAUCAUUUCAACACUUCCGAGCAGUAUCAAUGAGGCUUAUGAACAAAUUCUUAACAAGUCCGAGGCUAAGGAUCGCCCGAUGGUCCGGAAAGCCUUAAGUAUUAUCUUGGCAGCGAGUCGGCCGCUAACACUGUCGGAAAUGAACAUUGCCGUGAAUAUAGACGACAAAGCGCGAUCUAUUUACGACGUCGACUUAGAGGACGAAGAGGACUUCAAGUCACGUCUCAGAGCUUGGUGUGGGCUGUUCGUCUCAAUCUACCACGGCAGGAUUUACUUCCUUCAUCAAACUGCUCGUGAGUUUCUCCUCGCAGAUUUGGCAUCACCUACAACUAUACCACUGGAGCCAUGCUGGCAUCGCUCAAUUGCCACCCGUCACGCACACACCAUUCUUACAGGGGCCUGCGUGUACUAUCUGAACUUCCUUAACUGUGAUUUUAGCCUUCCGAUAGAUCUGAAUGAGGAAACCUGCAACUCCGUCAAAGGACAUGCCUUCUUAGAUUAUUCGGCCAAAGCUUGGGGGUCUCAUUUUCGCGAAGCUGGCAUUACUGAGGACGAUCCCAUUAUGCCUUCCGCUUUGAAAAUUUUCGACCCGGAUUCGAAGAGCUACUCGGUAUGGUUUAAAAUCUACUGGAAAACCACAUAUAGGAGAGCUACUGGGAACUUUACGGGUCUUAUGUUAGCGUCGUACUAUGGCCAUCUCGCCGUGGUCAAGCUGCUGCUCGAGGCUGGCGCCGACGUCGAGGCCGAGGAUAAGUUGGGUCGAACGUCGCUGUCAUGGGCAGCCGAGAACGGGCACGAGGCUGUCGUUAGGCAGCUGCUCGAGAAGGACGCCGACGUCGAGGCCGAGGAUAAGUUGGGUCGAACGUCGCUGUCAUGGGCAGCCGAGAACGGGCACGAGGCUGUCGUUAGGCAGCUGCUCGAGAAGGACGCCGACGUCGAAGCCAAGGACAAUUAUGAUCGGACGCCACUUUCAUGGGCCGCCGAGAAUGGAAACGAGGCCAUUGUGAGGCUACUGCUCGAGGAACUCGCCGAUAUCGAGGCCAAGGACAACUACGGUCAGACGCCGCUGUCAUGGGCCGCCGAGAAUGGAAACGAGGCCAUCGUGAGGCUACUGCUCGAGGAACUCGCCGAUAUCGAGGCCAAGGACAACUACGGUCAGACGCCCUUGUCGUGGGCCGCCAAGAAGGGGCACGAGGCCAUCGUCAAACUGUUUCUCGAGAAGGACGUCGACAUCGAGGCCAGGGACAACUACGGUCAGACGCCCCUGUCGUGGGCCGCCAAGAACGGGCACGAGGCUGCGGUCGGGCUGCUGCUGCAGAAGGACGCCGACAUUGAGGCUAAGGACAAUUACUACGGUCAGACGCCCCUGUCGUGGGCCGCCAAGAACGGGCACGAGGCUGUGGUCGGGCUGCUGCUGCAGAAGGACGCCGACAUCGAGGCCAAGGACAAUUACUAUGGUCGGACGCCCCUGUCGUGGGCUGCCUUGAACGGGCACGAGACAGUGGUGAGGCUCCUCCUCCAGAAGGGCGCCGACGUCGAGGUUAAAAGUAACUCCGGUCAGACGCCGCUGUCAUGGGCUGCCGAGAACGGAAACGAGGCCGUCGUUAGGCUGCUGCUCGAGAAGGGCGCCAAUAUCGAGGUCAAGGACAACUCUAGUCGGGUGUCACUAUCAUGGGCCGCCAAGAAGGGUCACGAGGCCGUCGUGAGGCUCCUGCUCGAGAAGGGUGCCGACGUCGAGGCCAAAGACGACUAUGGUCAGACGCCGCUGUCAUUGGCCGUCGAGAACUGGGACGAUACCAUCGUGAGGCUGCUUCAACUGAGAUCUCGAUAA